GUUUGACAUUAUUCAAAUAUGGUUUUGCCUGUUUACACAUUAUUUCGCUGAAGGAAUUCGGUACGUCAGUUCAAUAUGAAUGUCAGCAAUGUAGCGUGUUGCACGGCAAAAAUGAUUCAGGGCUGGAAAGAGGAAGUAAAGAGGUGUUGUAAGUUUCUCAUGCUAUCUAACUGUUAAUAUUUCUGUAAAAUGGCUUGGCGAAAAGGGGAUGUAUGCAAGAAAAACUGAAACAUAGUUCUUUCUUCCACCUGUGGCGUGUUGAGGAGGUCUGUAAGUCUUGAAUUCAACAGUUUGACAAUAGACGUGUGAAAUAUUUUAUUUAGGUCUCAAAAAACUUCCUCUCUUUUAAGUUUUUUAAGUUUUUUUUUCUGAAAAGAAAGAAGUCGGUCUGACACUUUCUGACCACACAAGUACUGUAGAGAAGUAUGACUGUUGAUCUGAGAAACGAACUAAGGCUCAUUACAGUAUGAAGCUUCUUCUUCUUGAGUCCAUGUAAACUUGGUCCGAAGACUCAGUUCAUUUUGGAUGUGAGUGACAAAGAAGAAUGUCUGCUGUUUUCGGACUGGCGCUUACUCUGGCAGCAGUAAAAGCGGUACAAGGUGCUGCAGCCUAUUGUGACGUCACAAAAAAUGAACGUUUUCAUCAGUGUUAUGGAGCUCUGGGAAAACCUGUGUUUAUACAGCUCGUUACCAACACCAGCGGUUAUCAGGUUGAACUUAAACAUAACAACAUAACAUUGUUUGUAUUUAGAGGAGGACGACUUAAGAAAAAUUUAUGCUGUUUUGAUUUUUUUAACAAUGGCACCUUAAGGCUGGACAAAGCAGAAAGAAAUUAUUCAGGCCAAUACACCUUAGAGAUGUAUAUUCAUACAACUGGAGCUCAAUUGCCAGGAAAGGAAAUUCAGUUGAUCCUUGAAGAAGCCGUGUCUAUACGUGGGCUGUCCGUAGCGUGUUUACCUCAUGGAGAGCUGAGGGUGUCCUGCUCCGCUGGGGGGGACAAUCCCCACUACAACUGGACACUGGGGGACCAGCCACUUGGAGAGGACAUUCCCCAUAUGAACUCUGGAGAUGGUGUUGUUUUGUUGGGAAAGGGUGAGAGUGGAGAAAUCACCUGUACAGCCUGGAAUAAUGUCAGCAGGGAAAGCAGAACCCAGAGUCUCCCCACCUGUUCAGAACUUGGACCGUCUGUGAGUUGCACUUUGACAAAUGGCACAGAGAUUGCCGUUAGGAUGAACACUACAGAAGGCCUUUCUCUCUUGGAGAAUAAGAAGAUCUUCUUCACUCUUCAUGGGAGAGAGAUGUUGUCUGCUCUGUGCUACAACCAACCGAAACCCACAAGCAAUGAAAAAGACACAUUCGAAAAAAAAAAGGAUUGUCUUAAAUCAGAGGUGAUCUUACCUGUUUCGGCAGCACUAGCAAUUAUCACCGUGCUUCUUGUCGUCACAGUGGGAGUUUACUUCUUGUACAAGAGGAAGAAAGAUCGAGCAUCAGUAGGGGAUAAAGCCUACAGCCAAGAUCUGGUGUAUGCAGACGUCAGGGUCAGCAGGAACGAGGGCAACGGCAGGACCCGGAUGGGGAAGAGGGCAGAACCAGAGGUGGUGUACGGAGAAGUUAAAGUGUGAAGUACUUCUGAACAGAAAUGAUACAAGGGAAAACACACAAUUGCUAAAAUUGGUCUUAUUUUUUUUCUGAAAACCUUCCUCUUUUCUCAAGCAAUUUUUGAAAUAAUACUCAGUUUCG